AAACAUUUUCAGUGUUUUGCUUGUGUAGGAGCUGAGUAGUGCUAGCAUCUCAAACGUUUUGUGCUCUGCGCCGUUUUUUGUAGAUAAUUGUUUUCCAAUCGUGGAGCUUGAUUCAGACGAGACUGUGACAGUUGCCUGCCGGUGAGUAGGCUACCCCCACCUUCAUGUUUAAGCGAGAAUGUUCGUUUGGUAAUGUAAGAAUGAUAUACCACCUGCUUAACCUGUAGGCCUUCUCGACUCCAUAGUUACACAGUUUCGAGAAAGCAUCGGGAAUUUACGUGGGAGUGGAUUCCUUACCGUGUAGGCGAUUGUAUUUCACCGGGAUCAUGCAAUACUAUUGGUCAAUUUCUUAUGCGAGGGCAUCGCAACGGUACCAAAUCUAACUGCUGAUUGGUUAAGUAUUACGUUUGUCGUUUGCUCGUGAAUCCUUCGUCGCCGGGUCAAAGCCGACAGGCGCGCCUCCCGCAUGAGAGUAGGCUACACUGUAAAAUUUCACAUUUGUAUUUCAUCAGACAAUGCUUAUAUUUCGUUGAUAUAUAAGCCUAGUUUGGAAUCUUUUAAAAAAAAUAUAGAGAGAUUUUCUUUGGGUGCUGGUACAGAUUUUAAAUCUACAGUUUACCAUGGCGACAGUGGUGAUGGAGCAGAUCGGUCGACUCUACUUCAACGCCCAGCAGCUGCGACAGAUCCCUCGGCUGUUGGAGUCGGCCUUCCCCACGCUGCCGUGCACCGUCAAGGCGUCCGACGUCCCCUGGGUGUUCCGCGAGCAGCACAUCCUCGGCGGCUACCGCCAGCCGGACCACAGCUGGAGGUACUACUUCCUCACGCUCUUCCAGAGGCACAACGAGGCCCUCAACGUGUGGACGCACCUCCUGGCCGCCCUCAUCAUCCUGGUGAAGUGCCGGGAGAUCUCCGAGACGGUGGACUUCCUCCGAGACCCCCACGCCCAGCCCCUGUUCAUCGUCCUGCUCUCCGCCUUCACCUACCUGUCGUGCAGCGCCCUCGCCCACCUGCUCUCCGCCAAGUCCGAGCUCUCCCACUACACCUUCUACUUCCUGGACUACGUGGGCGUGGCCACCUACCAGUACGGCAGCGCCCUGGUGCAUUUCUACUACGUCAUCGAGGAGGAGUGGCACAGCCGGGUGCAAGGCGUCUUCCUGCCCGCCUCUGCGUUCCUGGCCUGGCUGUCUUGUUUCGGCUGCUGCUACGGUAAGUACGCCAGUCCGGGGCUGCCCAAGUUCGCCCACAAGCUGUUCCAGGUGGUGCCCUCGGGCCUGGCCUACUGUCUGGACAUCAGCCCCGUGCUCCACCGCAUCCACAGCUGCUACCAGAAGGGCUGCUCCGACCCGGCCGUGGCCUACCACCGCUACCAGGUCCUCUUCUUCCUGAUCAGCGCCUACUUCUUCGCCUGCCCGCACCCCGAGCGCUGGCUCCAGGGCAGGUGCGACUUCUUCGGCCAGGGCCACCAGAUCUUCCACGUGUUCCUGGUGCUGUGCACCCUGGUUCAGAUCGAGGCGGUCCGCAUCGACUACUUUGCGCGCAGGCCCUUGUACGAGAGUCUCCACGGCGACCUGGCCCACGACGCGGUGGCGCUGUUCAUCUUCACGGCGUGCUGCUGCGCCCUCACCGCUUUCUACGUGCGCAAGCGCGUCCGCGCCACACUCACCGAGAAGGUGGAGUAGGAGCGGAGGACGGGCGAAAGGUCAAGCGUGGCUCGGAUCGGUUUGACGACAAGAUUCCUUACCAAAAGAACCCAGGCGCUUGUGUCGUUCAAAGAUAUCUGUGUAUGAUAACAGUGACUUUAUCUUUAACUUCAACUUCUCUUCUUUUUUUUGAUUGUUCGUGUGGCUUGCCAAACUACAUUUACCUGGCAACUUACAGAGCGUGUUUUGACUGAACAGUGUCGGUAUUUGUACAGCACUGAUUGUUACACUCCAAAACGUUUUUUUUGCACUUCAGAGAGGAAGUUUAACGAUGGUCCCAGAAUUCUCCUUGGUUAAUCUGUCUUCUGUAUUUCCACCCUUCACUGUGAAAUCACUCAUCAUGGCCGCUCUGGUCAGUUACCCAGAACUGGAAGGACUUAGUGACAUCACCAAGCAUGCAAUAAACUCUUAAUGUAUGCUGAAAGAACUGACAGAACCACCAAUCAGGCUGUAAGGUCUAUUACCACUAUUUGAUUUUGAAGGCAAUUAGAUUCCCCAAUGAAAUUGUAGUGCCAGAAUUUAACCAGUUUGUUUGAGUUCUGUGAUUAUCCAGCUCUGGUAAACUUCUCCGCAAGCUGCAAUCGAUUGGCUCUUUCCCCCCACAGCUGUCAAACACUGUAGUGUAGUGUUUCCCUUCAUUAUUCCCUCGGGCUCCAACGCUUGUCUUUUGGCCUCGAAGCUGUAACGUUGUCAGUUUGAUCGAGGCCCGUGGCCAGGGCACCCUGUCAAACAUCAGCCCCGAGCUGGGGAAACAGAGCACCUCAUUUGCAAACCAAACCUCUGACCUCUUAUCUGAAACCCUCCUUUUGAAAGGGGAUAGAUAGACAGAAUGAGGCUGGCACUCGGAAUUCGGCUGGUGGGGGCAAAGACAGAUAGGAUUUGUUGUCCAGGAUUUGCUAUGAUGUCUCUUCGUUUUCUUUGUGUGAUAAUGUUUCUUUUGUACUCAAAGGGCUGGAACUCUCAGCUUUUGCCUUUGACACCCCAUGAUGUCAAUGCCUUUGGGCAUGUUGUUCAGUCACUGAUUGUUCAUUGACUUGACAUCAUGCACCGAACAGGCUGUCUGAAUAUGGUGAUUACCUGUUCGAUUGCAUGUCUGUGUAUGUGUGUAUGUAUGUGUGUGUGUGUAUGUGUGUUUGGGGAUGUAUGUGCCUUGAAGCAUGUCUUGGUUAGUUUGAUGUUGGUGUGUUUCAAAGUGUGCACUGUUUGAAUACCUGGCCUCGCAUUUCUCUUUGAUUUGGUCACUGUAGUCCUCCCCAGGUGCCCUCACCUUGGAACACACUCUAGGUUGAAGUUGGAAUGCUCUGUUUACUGCGGAACACUCAAAUAUGAAUAACUCUGCGAACUGUGCAUCAGCGCCAAUUGUUACAUAGUGGCCAUGAAAAAGUCCAUCUAGAGAAGUGAAACGAGAUGUACUGUCUUGUGGUCUUAGAUCCCCACCAGUGCAUACCAGGCAGUGAUGGCCCUCCUGGCAGUGGAACAUCUGCCUGUUGUGCACGGUUCGGCUCUUCUCAACUUUGUACACCAACACUGGGAGGUUUGGGAGGCCAUCAGAUAAUGGUCACUCUUUUUUCUCUUAGGUUAGGUGACACCUUUUGUUGUUAAAUGACAGGCACAGCUAGCUGAUGAUGUCACUCAAAGAGACGUGAAGGACAGGGUCACCCACGCGUGCUCAUUGGCCGGCACUGAUUGAAUGAGGAAGGCACCAAUAGCAUUUGCACACCACCGUAUGUAUAUGAUUCAGUCAUGUUGUUCGUCAGCACCGACUGCUAAAGAUGGCUAGCGUUAGACUGAUGAUGUCAUACUGGGUGAGAAGCACGUUUAGAAAAAGGGUGUAGCCUUUAUGGUUACUUUAUGGUUAACUGGGUAACACACUUAACAUCAAAUUGCUCUUUUUCAUGUCUAGUAACGCUGUAAUUUAUCACAAUUAUUGAUUAAAAUAACUUUAUUAAUAAGAUGUUACACUGUCAAAUGGAUCAGUUCUACAGCAGUAAUGCCACACAAUGUAUUUAAAAGUUGCCAUAAAGUUAUUUCUAACUCAAUGUAUCAAUACAAUUACAACACAGCCUUAAUUACAGCCUUAUUACACUAAGUAAGAACAACCGUACAAUUAACUGUACUCUGAGCUUUAUGUGAAACCUACAGCUGGUAACAAAACUGAAUUUCACUGUCUUGCACGGACCCUACUGUCAUAUUAGACUGGUUUCCAAAUGAUAACAAGACUCACUUGUGUAUUCUGAAGCUGAUUCUGGUGAGAAGAAACUGAAUUUCUUGCCUGUUAAACAUGCCUGUAAUGUGUGACAAUGACUGUAUUCAUAUUCUGUGAUAUUUAAGUAAAUAAGUGAGUGUUAACUUA